CGCGGGUGGUGAAAAGCGCAGCGUCCCUUGCGCUUUGGAUGUUGUCUGCGAUUCCCCUCGCUCUGCGCAUCGGCUAUCGUUCCCAGUACCUAGUACACAGUUCAUAUCAUAUCCUCAAGCGCCUGGGUCCCCCGCGUAGCGCCCUGCGCACCCUCAGCCCGCCGUCUCCACACGCCGGCGCUGCCCAGUUCCAUCCCCCAUCAGCGCUACCCUCCACCACCGUUUCCAUAGAUAUCAUCUCGACACACUCGUCCGCUGCUCUUCACUCCCGCCGCUCGCUCGCCACCCGCCGCACACGACGUAUUAUUGGAUUGCUUUCCCUGCCGCCGUCGGUCGCUGCAUCCUCCCUGUUUCGGCUGCCAGCCCGCUCUCCGCACAGCCAAGUCGUCAACCGUCGAGGUUUCAGAGUCGCGCGAGCCCCCGAGCAUAACGCCUGCACACAGAACAGGACGACCCGUCCGUUUCAGCGUCCCAGCACGCCGCCCGCCGCGCCCGCCGUCGAUUCGCUGCACCGCCAACGCACCGCAGCAGCGCACUGAAGUGCUUCACACCGGUCUCAGCUGUGCUUCCAACCCUCCCCAACCGCCGCAACCACGCACCGCCAGCAGUCGCACACUCGCUGCCCGUCUGAACACAGGCACGCACCGUUGAACCACUUAACCCACCCACUUCAGCCGCCGCUCGCGGCUGACCAUUCUGCCAAAAUUUCUCAC